CCUCCUCUCUGCACCUCCCGCACCCCCGACCCGCUCCGACUCUCGCGAGAGCCCUACAGGUUAUAAAGGCAGCGCCCCGCGCAAGCUUCCCGCGUCCUCUUCCUGGCUGGCCUGAGUUGCGUUUCUCUUUGGGACCUCGAAGCUGCUGAUAGCAAAAUGUCUUCAGGAAAUGCCAAAAUUGGGUACCCUGCCCCUAACUUCAAAGCCACAGCUGUUAUGCCAGAUGGUCAGUUCAAAGAUAUCAGCCUAAGCGACUACAAAGGAAAAUAUGUUGUGUUUUUCUUUUAUCCUCUUGACUUCACUUUUGUGUGCCCCACGGAGAUCAUUGCUUUCAGUGAUAGGGCAGAAGAAUUUAAGAAACUCAACUGCCAAGUGAUUGGUGCUUCUGUGGAUUCUCACUUCUGUCACCUAGCAUGGAUCAACACACCCAAGAAGCAAGGAGGACUAGGACCCAUGAACAUUCCCUUGGUAUCAGACCCCAAGCGUACCAUUGCUCAGGACUAUGGGGUCCUAAAGGCUGAUGAAGGCAUCUCCUUCAGAGGCCUUUUUAUUAUCGAUGAUAAGGGCAUCCUUCGGCAGAUCACCGUAAAUGACCUCCCUGUUGGCCGCUCUGUGGAUGAGACUCUGAGACUAGUUCAGGCCUUCCAGUUCACCGACAAACAUGGCGAAGUAUGCCCAGCUGGCUGGAAGCCUGGCAGUGAUACCAUCAAGCCUGAUGUCCAAAAGAGCAAAGAAUAUUUCUCCAAGCAGAAGUGAGCACUGGACCAAUAUAGUGCUGGGCUGCAGUGGGCAGCCAUGAGAACAAGACCUCUUUUGUAUUUUUUUCGUGUUUAAAAUGUAAGACUUAGUUUCAGCCAAGAUGUGUGGGCCACGACAGGCCUGUCCUAUGUGGGUUGGGGAGGCCACCUUUUCUUUUCAUUGGUGGAAAUGGCCUGAGUUGUCUUAUGGGGCAGGCCAUCUGAUGUGUAUGAUGUACCAGUAGUGGGACGCCAGCCCGUUGAUGUUUUUGUAGUUUCUAUUAAACUUGAACCUGAGACCUUUA